AUGGCCGAAACUAUCUUAGAAAGAAUAGCGUAUGAAAUGAAUAUAGAUCCAUUUGAAAUUCGUCUAAAAAACUUCGAUUCAAUUAAAUAUGAUGAGAUGAUAGGUAUGAUAACAAGAAUAAGAACAGAGUCUCAAUACGAUGAAAGGAGAGUUCUGGUUGAAAAAUUUAACAUAGACAAUCGCUGGAAAAAGCGUGGUCUAAAAGUCUCAUUUCUUAGAUGGAAUACGUCUCGACGUAAAUAUUUAGAUGUUAACUUAGACGUUUAUAAAGAUGAUGGGACAGUGGCUAUAACGCAUGGCGGUAUUGAAAUGGGUCAAGGAAUGAAUACAAGAGCUGUGCAAAUAUGCGCCAGUUUUUUGAAUAUACCUUUGGAUAAAAUUCAAAUAAAAUGCACUAACACUAUUAACGCACCGAACAAUAGCGAUACAGAGUCGAGUGUGACAUCACAAAAUGUAGGUAGAGGCGUACGUAGAUGCUGUGAAGAACUCUUGACACGAUUAGAGCCAGCAAAAAAACAGCUGCAUGACCCUACUUGGGUGGAACUUGUUCAAAAGGCUUAUGCCAUGAAUAUUGAUUUGCAAGUACACGGUUUUGUAAGUCCUAAUGAUGAAGUAGACCAAACUAUUUAUGGAGUUACAGUCGCCGAAGUUGAAAUAGAUGUUUUAACAGGGGAAUGGGAAAUUUUGAGGGUCGAUUUAAUUGAAGAUGUUGGAAGAAGUAUUAAUCCGGAUCUGGAUGUUGGUCAAGUAAGUAAAUUAUUUUGA